AUGAAGACUUUCACUGUUCUCCUUAGCUGCCUUGCUGGUCUCGCGGUCGCAGAGACUAACACUACCUGCGCCAAGGGAGCUCACAUCAUCGUGGCUCGUGGCAGUCUUGAGCCUCAGGGCCCUGGUGCCAUCGGCGAACUCGCCGAGCGUAUGCUCAAGCUUAUCCCUGGCUCUGACAUGGAGGCUCUCGUCUAUCCUGCUCUGUACGAUGAGUACCUCGAGUCCCAGCCUAAGGGCGUCCGCGUCUUGACCUCCGUCGUCAACAACUAUGUCAAGAACUGCCCUGACACCGACAUCAUCCUGAUGGGAUACUCUCAGGGCGCUCAUGUCAUCAUGGAUACCAUGUGUGGUACCAGCUCAACUGGUUUCCCUGGCACCCUUCCCCAGCCCGCCUACAUCACCGACAAUGUCGCUUCUAUCCUUCUCCUCGGUGACCCAAGUCUUACUGAAGGUCAGACUUUCCAUGUCGGCACCAGCGUUGGCAACGGAAUGUUCCCCCGAAACCUCCCCGCCGGCUGCGAUCUCAUCGCCGACAAGACCGUCUCCGUCUGCGACAAGGGCGACCCCUUCUGCGAGAAGGGUGGAAAGGAUCUGCCUGUUCACCUUGGCUACAUCCCCGUCUGGGGUGACUACCUCGUCAAGGAGGGUGUCAAGAUGACUAAGGCUCGCCAGUAA